UGUUAGGGUUCAUUCCCCUGUUAGCAGGAUGGUAGUUCCAUAGUACCCUGGGAUGUCAGACCAUCCCGUGGGCUUAGCUGUAGGAAAGAACAAGGAAAAGGUUGUGGAAAUACAUGUUUCUACCCCUGGACCUGUACAGCAGCAUGUACAAAAAUGGACUGAAAAUAAUGGGAAUUUCUCCUGAUCUGUUCCCUGAAACACCCGUGGUGCCAGCCCUUCCUGCAGUCUCAGUGGCAAAAGCUGUCCCCACCCACCAUAAGCCCCAGAAGUCCAGGAGCGACAGCGCUGCCAGGCCCCGCCCUUUGUGCUCUGCCCCAAGGCCAGGCCCUGACAAAGGCAGCAUGGAGGUGGGCAUGCGCGUGGUACGUGGCCUGGACUGGAAGUGGGGAAACCAGGAUGAUGGUGAGGGCCACGUGGGCACUGUAGUGGAGAUUGGUCGUCAGGGGAGCACAACCACCCCAGACAAGACAGUGGUUGUGCAAUGGGACAGUGGCACGCGAACAAACUACCGCACAGGUUACCAGGGUGCCUAUGACCUGCUGUUAUACGAUAAUGCGCAAAUCGGUGUCCGUCACUCGAAUAUCAUCUGUGAUAGCUGCAAGAAGCAUGGCAUUAUGGGAAUGCGAUGGAAGUGCAAGGUGUGCUUUGACUAUGACCUGUGCACCCAGUGUUACAUGAACAACAAGCAUGACCUAAGCCACGCCUUUGAACGUUACGAGACAGCACACUCCCAGCCUCUCAGUCUCAUGCCAAGACAGAAUCUUCCACGGAUUAUCCUUAAAGGAAUCUUCCAGGGUGUUAAAGUGGUUCGUGGACCAGACUGGGACUGGGGCAACCAAGACGGUGGGGAGGGUAAGGUUGGGAAAGUAGUGGAUAUUCGUGGCUGGGACACCGAGUCUGGUCGUAGUGUGGCGAGUGUCACCUGGUCUAAUGGCACCACCAAUGUCUACCGAAUGGGCCACAAGGGCAAGGUAGACCUAAAGUAUGUAUCUGACGGCCAAGGAGGCUUCUACUACAAAGAUCACCUACCAAAGCUUGGAGAACACGCAGAGCUACAACGGCAGGAGAGUGCUGAUGGACUCUCUUUCCAGCAGGGCGACAAGGUCAAAUGUCUUCUAGAAGUAGACAUCCUGCGUCAGAUGCAGGAGGGUCAUGGAGGAUGGAACCCAAAAAUGGCGGAGUACAUUUGUCGGAUUGGAACCGUUCACAGAAUCACUGACCGGGGAGAUGUCAGGGUGCAGUACAGCAACAACAUUCGCUGGACUUUCCAUCCUGGGGCCCUCACCAAAGUGAACACUUUUGGAGUGAGUGAACUUGUUCGAGUUUUGGAGGACAUGGACAGUGUAAAGAGGUUGCAGGCUGGACAUGGAGAGUGGACAGACAGCAUGGCUCCUGUUCUCGGCCAAGUUGGGAAGGUGCUAAAGGUAUAUGCUGAUGGUGAUCUACGUGUGGCGUUUGGUGCUCAGACAUGGACGUUCAAUCCAGCAUGCCUCUUGGCCCAGCCUGUGGAGGUGGAUGCUAACCUCAUGACAGCUGAAAACCCCAACGAGUCUGGAAGUACUGUCAUCUCAGUGCUGGAGAAGCUGCUGUCUCAGUCCACAGAACAGGACAACCCCAGCCGGUUGGUUAUUGAGGCGGCGCACGGCAGUGCCAACAAAGUGCGAGAAUUGGUGCAGAAAUAUCCUGACAAGGUGGAUAUAAAGAACCAGGGAAAGACCGCACUGCAGGUCGCUGCCCACCAAGGCCAUGUGGAAGUGGUGAAGGCCCUGCUGCAGGCCAAUAGUUCCGUUGAGGUCAAGGAUGAAGAUGGAGACACAGCAUUGCACUACACUGCCUUCGGGAAUCAGGCAGAGAUUGCCCGAUUGCUGUUGAGCAAAGGGGCAAAUGUCAACCUCCUGAACAACUCCAUGUGCACAGCACUGCACAUUGCUGUCAACAAGGGCUACACUGACGUUGUGCGGGUACUGACGGAACACUCGGCUGACGUCAAUCUCCAGGAUUCGUAUGGGGACACGCCCCUCCAUGAUGCAGUCGCUAAAGAUUUCCGAAAUAUUAUCGAGAUCCUGGUUGUGGUGCCCAAUAUUGACUUUACUCAGCAGAAUCACAGAGGCUUCAACCUCCUGCACCAUGCUGCUCUUAAAGGAAACAAACUGGCUACAGAGAAGAUUCUGGCCCGAGCUCGACAGCUGGUUGACGUCAAAAAAGAUGAUGGCUUCUCAGCUUUGCAUCUGGCUGCACUGAACAACCACAGAGAUGUUGCUGAGAUACUCAUCAAAGAGGGUCGAUGUGACAUCAACAUCCGCAACAACAGAAACCAGACGCCACUGCAGCUGGCUGUGACGCAGGGCCACACCGAGCUGGUGCAGCUCCUGGUGGCUGAGGGUGCGGAUGUCAACAUGGAGGACGAGGACGGGGACACAGCCAUGCACGUGGCCCUGCUUCGUCCACAACUGGCCAACGUGAUGCUUAGCCCCCCAGUAGGAACCAGCAGCACUGAGGAGAGCAGCGAGGGCUGCUCCUCUACAUCACUCUACAGCAGGCUGAGUGCUUCAGGUCUUCUGGGAAACACAGAGCUAAGUGUUGGGGCAGCCAUCGCCUGUUUCCUAGCACAAGAAGGCGCUGACAUUAACUACGCCAACCACAAGGGCAAAAGUCCGCUGGACCUGGUGUCAGACAGCACAAUGCUGCAGCUCAUUAAGAGCUUCUCCGAGAAGCACAGGUUGCAGCGUCUGCAGGCCAUCACAUGUGGACAGGGUCUAAGCAGUGCUAGCAUGCGGAGGGUCCACACUACACCCAACACUAUGACCAACCUGGUUCUUCCCACACCGCCAGGGCCCAGUGAAUGCCUCAUCUGCUCUGAGCUGGCUCUGCUGGUUCUCUUCUGUCCCUGCCAGCACAGUGUUGCUUGUGAAGAAUGUGCUCAUCGAAUGAAAAAAUGCAUCAAAUGUCAAGUCACAAUCACAAAAAAAAUCAGACAAGAUCAAACAGAAGUGGAUUGCAGUCCUGGUAACGAGAACUCGGAGCAACACAACCUGCUGGAGCAGCUGCAGUCUCGCUACCGGCAGAUGGAGGAGAGAAUCACCUGCCCCAUCUGCAUCGACAACCACAUCAAACUGGUUUUCCAGUGUGGGCACGCGUCCUGCAUCGACUGCAGCGCAGCUCUCAAAACCUGCCCCAUCUGCCGGCAGCCCAUCCGUGAGCGCAUACAACUGUUUGUCUGAGCGUCACUGUCCUCAGUAGGACGUCUGAGGGGAGAGCGUUUGGAGUAAGGGGGGGUGGAUGUCGCUUUAGCAGACGUCGUACCAGCCUGUCGCUCUCUCCUGCUCAUCACCGCCAAACACAAUCAAAUACUCUGUCGCUUUUAUUAUAACAAGCUUUGUUACACAGUCCUCUCUUUGUUACAUUUUGAUCCGUUCUCUCCUGAAGAAGCGUGAACAGAAAGGUGUCAACCACGUUAACUGUGGUUCAGCUCCAUAAUGAGCAAACGAAAUAGUGAGUUUUGAUUACACUGGAUGGGGCAAUAAAGAUGGGGCGAAUAAAAAAAAAAAAAAGAUCUCCUGCAUCUUCUCCAACCUCCAUAAUUUGUCUAAUCUUUGCUGCUUUAAAUGGAUGUCUGUUACCCAUCAUCCUCUCUGGCCCUUUGGCCUCCUCUGUUUACAAGGCUUCACAGAAUCAGUUCUGAUGUUCUGGAGUUUCGCGCCCUUGGCCUGUCCUGUGAAUUUAGUUUUCUCUCAUUUGUAUCAAUCUCUUUAAUAAUCAGUGUUAGUCUCUGCAGAGAGAGUUGGUAUAAUUUAAUACUCUCUCCAUAGUCCCCAGACACUCGCCUGUAUGCAAGGGGAAAUACAAACUAUAUAUGCAUGAGUAUAUGCAUAUUUGUAAAGCUGAAAAUGACUGUGUCGUCAUGGGUGAUUUGUCGUUGUUGUUGUUUUACUUCUUUAUGGUUACAUUUGUGGUUUUUAAUGUACCGAUCAAAGACGAUUUUUUUUAUUUAUGUGUGAACGAUGGUAUUACUUAAUAAUGUCCUUUCCUCCGUUAGCGUUUGCUUGGCAAAUGUGUUCCUGUUUCUACUGAACUUCACCCCAAGCCUAUGUCCUUUACUCAGGGUAUCAAACUAUUGAAAGCACUUGUGAUAUCCAUAAAAUGUUUAAAAAGCCCCCCCCCCACACACACACACACACACACACACACACCAACCAUUACAGAUUAAAAAGUGAAUCAUUAAACACAAACAAGAAUCAUCGACACUUUUCCAAAUGUUAUAUUGAAAAACACAGUGUUUCCAUAUAUGUAUAUAUAUAUAUAUAUAUAUAUGUGUGUGUGUAUAUAUAUGUGUGUGUAUAUAUAUAUAUAUGUGUGUGUGUAUAUAUAUAUAUAUAUAUAUAUAUAUAUAUAUGAUAAAACUUUGUGUGUGGACUGUGUUUGUUUGACCAGUAAGGGCUGUCACUUUUAAUUUGAGUUUUCUUCAUUUAGGUAUGCUCUUGGUCGCACGGCAAAAGACAAGCUCUCUGGCCAACAAUGCCUCUGCGCCUGCAGGAGAAUUGUUUUCCUUCUUCAACUAAAAUGUCUUGCAGUGGCCAAGCAAAUUAAACGAUCCCUCUGGCAGCCAGAUACAACACAUGGCUCCAUCUUAAAGCUCUUUUAAACAUGACUUUUAAUGCUUUUUAGGGCUUUGUAAAUUUGGAUUUUCUGAAAAGUGGCAGCCUUACCAUAACCUACCAAGGGAUAGGUAUGCACAGAGGUCCCAAUCAGUACCACAUUUAUACAAAAACUCAAGUUUUGUUAUUUAUCAUUCAACAUAAUGUUAAAUACUGAGUCAGAAGGACAAAACAAAUCAAUAAUCAAUGUGUUACAUCUGUACUUAAAUCAUUUUCCCUUUCUUCAUCAGAAUCUAUUCAAAAAGUCUUGGAUUGUACAUCAUUUUCAUCUUUUCUAACAACUUGGUGUGUUUUCUUGAAGGGCUUCUGCAUAUGUGAAAAAAAUUGUAUCUACUUAUAAUCUUAAUUUAAUUUUUAUUUACUACACAAAACUACCACAGACAGGAGUGAUUUGUUUUCGGUCUUUAAUAAAUCCCGAAUUCUGGGAGAGCCAAUGUUAUUAAUGUACAUUUGAAUGUCCGGGUUGAAAAAUGUAUCCUGUCUCACUCUGCCUUUUUAUGUGUACAGAAAAAUGAUGUAAGAGAAAGAACUGGAGAGACAGAGAUGCAUUUCCCACAUGGUUUUAUUCUGAAGAAAGAAAGCUUUUACAUCAGUGCCAAAAUCGCAUGAGGACAUGCAUGGGCAUGGGCGCCCGAAAUUAUCUAAAUACCCCACUAGGCUCAAGUGGGGGUUUCGUUAUUGAAGCAGUGUUAAGUUCAACUUAAAGAAAAACUGCUGGCAUUGUUUUGUGUCUAGUUCAGAAGCAGAUAAGCAGUCAGUUACAGUUCUGACAUUAGCUUUGGGCUAAAGGUGUUAGCAUUCUAAUGUUAGCUGUAGACCUCUGAACUCUCACAUGUUCUGAGUGACAGAUGACACUAUUCUCACUUUAACAUUAGUGACCCAUAUUGUUUGGAGCUUUUACAGUACAUAUAAUUAUUUUGUGUGAGACAGUAAUUGUCGAGCAUCAGAUUUUUACGUUGAUGGAAUCACAGGUAAAGGCAAUAACGUUUCAGAAACAUGGGGAAGAUGUGAAUUUUUUUUCUCCCUCUUACGGAGGUUGCUGCAAAAGUGAGAAAAAACGAUUUUUGUAUAAAUCGCAGUCAAAGCAGCAAAUGUUACUAUUGGUGUUUGUACAGUUCAGCGCUCAAAGUUCUGGUGUUGGCCUUACUGUCCAUUCCUCCUCUGUUGAUAUUCUUUUCAGUUGUAUUCUGUACAAAAAUAUUUUGCAAUAAAUAUGGAACCAAUUUUCUAAGGA